AUGGAAACAACACCGUACUAUGAAACAAUAGAAUCACCAUUAACAUCACAUAUAUCAAAUGAAACUUCUAUGAAUUAUUCUAGUCAAAUUAAUUCAAAUAAUAUUGAUCAUCCAAUACAUUUAUUUAUAUUAAUUGCUUUAUGGAUUGUUUUAUUAGUAACAAUUAUAUUUGGUACAACAGGAAAUAUUCUUGUACUUUAUGUUUAUAUUAAUCGUAAAGAUAAUAAGACAUGCACAUUUUUUAUAAAAAUGUUAGCUGUUGUGGACUUAAUUAUAUGUUUGAUUUUGGCACCUUUAGAAUUAUAUCAAAUAACAACAGGUAUUCGAAAUGAAUUUUUAUGUAAAUUUUAUGGAUUUUUAUCAACACAUGUACUUUAUUCAACUCUUCUUAUAACAACAAUUGCAUUUGAUCGAUAUUUUUGUAUAUGUUGGCCAUUAUAUAAAAUUAUUACUAUACGUCGUGCACAUGCUAUUGUUAUUGUCUGUGGAAUAUUAUCAUCUUUAUUAGCUAUUAUACCAAUGACAGAAUAUUCAACAACAGAACAUUUUUUUCAAAUACAUAAUAAUCAUUCGGAACAUUUUUCAAUAAAAUAUUCAGAUGGUAAUGAUGCAAUGAUGUACAAACAUGUUGAACAUAUUAAAAAAAGUGAUACAGCAGGAUCAUUUAUAGCAGGCAAUUUAACAGAUGUUAAUUGUAGUCCAAAAUCUAAUUUACAUCUUGGACCAUCAACUUUCCUUGAUGCAUAUCGAAUGUUUCAUAGUAUAUUAUUUGCAAUAUGUAUUUUACUUGUACUUAUUCUUUAUGCAUUUAUAUAUAAUGCUGUUUAUCAACGUCGUGUAACACGUACAAGAAAAUUAUCUGCUUAUCGUCGUAUAAUUCGUUCUUAUUUAAUGAAUAAUGAAACAGAAAAUACUAGAAUACGAUCAACAAAAAAUAUACAUAAACGUCGUCAUUAUCGUAAUGAACAUUCACCAUCAACAUUAACACUUAUUUGUUGUUACUGUUGUAAAACAAGUAAUGAAUAUGUACACGAUUUACAACGACCAUCAGAAUCAACUUUACAUGAACCAUUAAAUCAUCGACGACAACAAAUGCAUCAUCGUCAUAUACAUGAUGAACCAUCAUCAAUAAUAACAAAUCAAACUAAAUGUAGACCACAAGUUGUUUUAGAAGUAAAUGGUGCACGUGGUAAACGUUAUUCAGCUAUAUCAAUGACAUCAAUGACUUAUUUAACAAGUGGCAUAUGGGAUGAAACAACAUCAACAAAUUUAAUACGUUCAAGACUUAAUUCAAUAGCUGCAACAACUUAUUGUGGAACUGAACAUUCAUCAACUAGUCGACCAUCAACAUCAACCGAAGAUUCCUUUGAACUAGGAACAAAACUAUUAACACUUAAUAAUGCAAUACAAUUACGUCCUAUGACACCCUCUAAUUCAACACAUUUAACUGUACCUGGACAACAAACCACAACAACAAUGUUAUCGCCAUCAUCAGGUGAACUUAUACAUAAAGAUAAUCAAUUAAAUGAAAAUGAAUUACAACGAAGUGUAUCGCAAUGUACAAAUAACCCUCAUGUAUCAAUUGUACGUAAAACAAGUAAUACAUUAUCUAUUCGACAGCAACAACGACUAUCAGAUGUAUCAGUUCAUCAACGAAAAGUAUCAUUUAUGACGUCUGCUGGAAUUGCUGAUCAAUGUAUUAGUGAAGAUUCACCAAAUACUUAUCAACGAUCUAGUUUAGCUCCACCUAAUUUAUCAUUAUCUGCAAAUCAAUCACAACAACAACAACAACAGCAACAAUUAAUUGUUCAUAUGAAUAAUAAUCGGUCAUUAUCAACAACAUCAUCAAUUGAUCAUAGAAAUUCUUCAAUACGAAAUUUUUCUAUAUCAUCAACACGUCGUCCAUCAACAUUUGAUGGUGAAACACAACGGAUACUUGAUCGACAACAAACACAAGAACGUUUAGCAAAUAUUCGAACAACAUUUACAUUAUUUAUUGUUACAGCUACAUUUAUUCUUAUGUAUUUACCAUCAUUAAUUCAUGCAUUAUUCAAAAUUGAACCACACAAUUUUCGUGAAAUCCUAUUUAUACUCUAUUAUAUCAACAGUGCAUGCAAUCCACUUAUUUAUUCAUUUUUUAAUGUCAAUUUUCGCAAUGAUAUUCGUCGUAUCUAUGAAUGCCAAAAACGCGAGUAUUUCGCUCGUCAAUAUUAA